UUGUUCAGAAUACGACGCCGGUGUCUUUUUAAUCUUCGGCAGGCCGUUAGCAAAAGCAAGUCUGUUAGGGACGCGUGAAGUGGUGUAUUUUUACACUCUGGUUUGGCAAGUCGGGACAUGAAGUUGAAGGGGAAGCUGGACUUCCACUCGUGGUAGCGACAGUGCUCUGCUGAUAGCCAUGGGGCUCGAUGAAUUCUGCAGCCUGGACGGCUCCGAUCCUUUCUGGGACUGGAACCUAACAUGGCACACCUCAAACCCGGACUUGACCCAGUGCUUCCAGAACACAGUACUGGUGUGGAUCCCUUGCAUCUACCUCUGGCUGUGCGCGCCCCUCUACUUCCUGUAUCUCAACAGUCAUCUGCGAGGCUACAUUCGCAUGAACCAUCUGAACAGAGCCAAGCUGGUAACUGGCAUUUUGCUGUGGAUUUUCUGCUGGGCAGAUGUGUUUAACUGUUUCUGGCGAAGAAAUGAGGGCCCCAUAGCCCCCGUCUACCUGGUCAGCCCUAUGCUGCUUGGGGUCACAAUGCUGCUUGCCACGUUCCUUAUUCAUUAUGAGAGGAUGAAGGGGGUGCAGUCAUCUGGGGUGAUGCUGAAUUUCUGGCUGAUUGCUGUGCUUUGUGCCACUGUUGGCUUUCGCUCCAAAAUCCUCCAUGCCUUGCGUGAGCCUUCAAGAGUCUCCGUGUUCAGCUAUACCACCUUUUACAUUUACUAUGCCCUGCUGCUCAUCCAGCUGUUACUCGCCUGUUUCACAGACCAGCCUCCCUUCUUCUCAGAAUUUGGGAAGGAUGCAAAUCCAUGCCCCGAAUCGGGCUCCAGCUUUCUGUCCAAGAUUACGUUUUGGUGGAUUUCAAGGAUGAUGAUCAAGGGAUACAAGAAACCCCUGGAAGAGCAUGACCUGUGGUCUCUAAACGAAGAGGACAAGUCUCUAAUAGUGGUGCCCCAGCUGUGCCACAGAUGGAAGCAGCAAUGUGCCAAGGCCAAGAGGUUUCUUGAGACGGUGUACUCCCCAAAACGUGCAAAUAAAGCCACAGCAGCAGAAAAAGAUGGCGGGCUGGAGGAAGAAGAAAUCCUCUUGGUGAAACGUCCCAAGAAGAACAAGGAGCCGUCACUCUUCCUGGCUCUCUGCUACACCUUUGGGCCUUACUUCUUUGUAACCUUUGCCUACAAGUUGGUCCAUGACCUGCUCAUGUUUGUUGGACCUGAAAUCCUAAAGCUGCUGAUUCGCUUUGUGAAUAACUCCAGCGCCCCCUCCUGGCAGGGCUACUUCUACACUGCCUUACUUUUUGUGUGUGCCUGUGUGCAGACGCUCAUCUUGCAGCAAUAUUUCCAUGUGUGCUUCAUGACGGGCAUGCGACUGCGGACUGCCAUUGUGGGAGCCGUGUAUCGCAAGGCGAUGAUCAUCACCAAUGCGGCUCGCCGCACCUCCACUGUUGGGGAGAUUGUGAACCUCAUGUCAGUCGAUGCCCAGCGCUUCAUGGAUCUCGUCACCUAUGUCAACAUGAUCUGGUCGGCACCUCUGCAGGUCAUCUUGGCACUGUACUUCCUGUGGCAGAAUCUGGGUCCUUCUGUCCUGGCUGGCCUGGCUGUCAUGAUCCUGUUGGUCCCAGUGAACGCAGUUAUUGCAAUGAAGUCCAAAACCUAUCAGGUUGCUCAGAUGAAAAACAAGGACAACCGGAUUAAGCUGAUGAAUGAAGUCCUCAACGGGAUCAAGGUGCUCAAACUCUAUGCCUGGGAGCUGGCCUUCAAGGGCAAGGUGCUAGAAAUUAGGGAGAGCGAGCUGAAAGUGCUAAAGAAGAGUGCCUACCUGUCCGCCGUGGCCACGUUUACAUGGGUGUGCGCCCCUUUUCUGGUUGCCCUGUCCACGUUUGCUGUUUAUGUGCUGGUGGAUGAGAAGAACAUCCUCGAUGCACAGAAGGCUUUUGUCUCUUUGGCGCUCUUCAAUAUCUUGCGCUUCCCCCUCAAUAUGUUGCCGAUGGUUAUAAGCAGCAUUGUGCAGGCUAGCGUCUCGAUGAAACGGCUUUGUGCUUUCUUGUCUCACGAGGAGCUGGACGAGGACAACGUGGACCGCAAGGCCAUCGCUGGAUCACCUAACAGCAUCGUUGUCGUCAACGGUGCAUUCAGCUGGUCAAAAGACGACGAGUCCAUCCUUAAGAGGGUCAAUGUGACGAUACCAGAGGGCGCCUUAGUGGCUGUGGUGGGCCAUGUGGGUUCUGGCAAGUCGUCACUGCUUUCUGCGCUGCUAGGCGAGAUGGAGAAGAAAGAUGGCCUUGUCUAUGUGAAGGGUUCGGUGGCUUACGUUCCCCAGCAAGCGUGGAUCCAGAAUGCCACCCUGAAAGGCAACAUCCUCUUUGGUCGUCCAAAGAAUGAGUCCUGGUACCAGCAGGUGCUGGAUGUGUGUGCCCUCCGGCCUGACCUUGAAGUUCUGCCAGCGGGAGACGAGACUGAAAUUGGAGAGAAGGGUGUCAAUCUGUCUGGUGGGCAGAAGCAGCGUGUGAGCCUGGCACGUGCGGUCUACUGCGAUACAUCAAUCUAUCUGCUUGACGAUCCUCUUUCUGCUGUCGAUGCCCAUGUCGGGAAGCACAUCUUUGAUAAAGUCAUCGGCCCCAAGGGGAUACUGCAAGGCAAGACGCGAGUCCUGGUGACCCACGGAAUGAGCUACCUGCCCCAAAUGGACCUCAUACUGGUGAUGGUGGAUGGGCAGAUCACGGAGACCGGGUCCUACCAGGAGCUUCUAGACCAAGGAGGUGCCUUCGCUGAGUUUCUGCGCACGUAUGCUGGGGCUGAGCAGGGAGACGCCAUCAAGCCAAAUCUAGAAGGUGAGGGUUUGGGUCGGGAGGAGGAGGAAGUAAAAGAGGAGGCGGAAGAGCCUAACAGCCCAACCACCAAAGAUCCGAAGGUCAUGGAGAAUGGAUCCCUGUUCAGGAAUCGUAUGUCAAGCUCUUCUUCUGCCAAAACCCCAGUUCAGAGUGACGUUAUGGGGGCCUCGGGCACUCCGAACAAAAAGAACACGGAGGUUGGGAAACUGACGGAGGCAGACAAAGCGAAAACCGGCAAGGUGAAACUCUCCGUCUUCAUCGAGUAUAUGAAGGCAAUCGGAGUUUUCCUCUUCCUCAUCAGCAUCCUGUUCUUCCUCUGCAACCACACCGCCUCCCUCUCCUCCAACUACUGGCUCAGCCUGUGGGUGGACGACCCGGUCAUCAACGGGACGCAGCAGCACACCGAGCUCCGCCUGGGCGUCUAUGGCAUUCUGGGCCUGUCUCAGGGAAUAGCGGUUUUCAGUUACUCCAUGGCGAUAUCCAUUGGCGGGAUCCUGGCCUCCCGCUACCUGCACGAGAUGAUGCUGCACGAUGUCCUGCGCUCGCCGAUGUCCUUCUUCGAGCGCACGCCAAGCGGCAAUCUGGUGAACCGCUUCUCCAAGGAGACGGACACCAUCGACUCGGUGCUCCCCAACAUCAUUAAGAUGUUCAUGGGCUCCAUGUUCAACGUGCUGGCGGCCUGCAUCGUCAUCCUCAUCGCUACCCCCAUCGCGGCGGUCAUCAUCCCCCCUCUGGGGCUUCUCUACUUCUUUGUUCAGCGCUUCUAUGUGGCCACGUCUCGCCAGCUAAAGCGCCUGGAGUCGGUGAGCCGCUCGCCAGUCUACUCGCACUUCAACGAGACCUUGCUGGGCACCAGCGUGAUCCGAGCCUUUCAGGAGCAGAGCCGCUUCAUCAGUGAGAGCGACAGCCGGGUGGACUACAAUCAGAAGGCCUACUACCCUGGCAUCGUGGCCAACAGGUGGCUGGCAGUGCGUUUAGAAUUUGUGGGCAACUGCAUUGUGUUGUUUGCGGCCCUCUUUGCAGUGCUGGCCAGAAACAGCCUGAGCGCCGGCCUUGUGGGGUUGUCCAUCUCUUACGCCCUGCAGAUUACCGCCUCCCUGAACUGGUUGGUCCGCAUGUCCUCCGAAAUGGAGACCAACAUCGUUGCCGUUGAGAGAGUGAAGGAGUACGCGGACACGGAGAAGGAGGCACAGUGGAAGUCCAAGGAGACGACGCUGCCACCCACUUGGCCCACAAGCGGUCGCAUCGAAUUCCGCCAGUACGGCCUGCGUUAUCGGGAGGACUUGGACUUCGCCCUGCGGGACAUCAGCGUUGUCAUCGAAGGAGGAGAGAAGGUGGGCAUUGUGGGUCGCACUGGUGCUGGGAAGUCCUCCUUGACCCUGGGCCUGUUCCGUAUCAUCGAGCCAGCGCAAGGAGCCAUCUUGGUGGAUGGCACUGACAUUGCCUCCCUGGGUCUGCACGACUUGCGCUCUCGCAUUACCAUCAUCCCUCAGGAACCGGUUCUGUUCUCGGGCACGCUGCGGAUGAACCUGGACCCUUUCAACGCCUACUCUGAUGAGGAGAUCUGGAAUGCCCUGGAGCUUGCCCACCUCAAGAGUUUUGUGUCCGGGCUGAAGGACAAACUGGGCCACGAGUGCUCUGAGGGUGGCGAGAACCUGAGCGUGGGCCAGCGACAGCUUGUGUGUCUGGCACGGGCCCUGCUGCGCAAAACCAGAAUUCUCGUCCUGGACGAGGCCACGGCUGCCGUUGACCUGGAGACGGACAACCUGAUCCAGUCGACUAUCCGGAGCCAGUUUGAAGAGUGCACCGUCCUGACCAUCGCCCACCGCCUCAACACCAUCAUGGACUACACCAGGGUCCUGGUCCUGGACAAAGGUCAAGUGGUCGAGUUUGACACCCCGGCUAAUCUUCUUGCCAAGAAAGGAAUCUUUUACAAAAUGGCCAAAGACUCCGGUCUGGCGUGACCCAGCAAUUGGAUUUGAGCCCCCCCCCCCUCGGCCCCUGACCGCCACAGCAGCCAAGAACGGAGAGGCCAGCGGCUGACUGGCUGUCACUUUGUCACGCAGUCGGCCACAGAGGGCGCCGGCCAUCUUUUGGGAGGUUUCUUAUUGAGCUCUCCACUCUGACCUGACUGCAGGGUCAAACCCCCCGGGACCCCCUGGGUAGCUCCUGUGUCUUUUGUGUUACUCUGUUUAUUUAUGCUGUUGGUACGUUUUGAUUUUGUUACUGGGUGGGGGGGUCAUGUGGGGUGGAUUGGGGCGGAGCCUGUCGAGAUGUUGGUUCCACUGGGAGGUGCUCUGUAGCCACUGCCUUGGUAAUUCUUUCUCAGUUAUGGGGGGGGGGGGUCCGUUAUGGGGGGGUUGAGGGUCUGUUCAGCCCUCAUAUUUUUAGGAAGCACUUUUUUUUUUUUUUUUUUUUUUUCCUUGGUCCACAGAAGAUGAAAGCCCCCCCCCCCCCCAAGAGUGGGGGUCCUCAAACUUCUGACCACUUCCGGCUGCUUUAGCAAAAGUGCCGAGCGCGGAGUAGGGUGGUCUCAAUCAGCCUGAUCACUGAGGGGAGAGGAGGGGGCUGAAAAGGCGCUAUAGUGCAGCCCCCUCGGAGCAGUGGGUGGGGCCAGGGGGGUCGGUCGCAUGUCUCAGGAAGCCCCCUGGCGCUCACUUCUCACCCGAGUAGCUGCUUACUUCUCCGGGGUUUCUUUUGUGAAGCUCCGCGUCGUUUUUGUGUUCGUUUUGUUUUCCAAUUCUGACUUUUUGUUUAAUGUUAUUAUAAAGAAAAUGUCUAUCUUUGAUAA